AUGGCAUCAAAACUUCCUAACGAGCUCGUUAUCGAAAUAUUUCGUAAUGUGAUGGAAAGAUCUAGGUAUUGCAAUAAAUAUAAAAAUCUCUUUCAAUUGAGAUCGGUAUGCAAACAAUGGAAUCGAUUGGUUCCAGUGGUAGCGAAAGAGGAAAUUUCAAAAGAUGGAACAAGAGGAUGGUGUAUCAAAGUUUGGACAUCGCAUUACCAUAAAUGGGAGUUGUUUAAGAAAUUUCGCCCGAAAACUAUUACCUUCGAUGAUAAAUCGAAAAUGAUAAGAUUUGAUUUUGAAGAAUUACCAAGAUUAUUUCCAACCUUCCGAGUAGCUUGGCGAAUCAUAAAUCCGCUAGGCGUACACAUUGAUAGCUUUGUUACUCUAGACUUAUUGAAGAUUUUAAAGCUAAAGCUAGGCAAAGAACAGGAGUAUCAGUGUAGUAACCGGAGUGGAUGGAAUGAAAGUAUAGUGUGUGUAAGAAAGAAUCGGGAUAAUAAGACGAGUAGUUUCGGAUUAAUUGAGGUGGUUUUCAUCAACAUCAAAGAAGAGGAUUUUUUCGGGAUGGCGUGA